AUGGCACAACAAAAGGGCCAAUUGGCCCGCCCCAUCUUCGCCAAGAUCGCACCGCACGAGUUCCUCGUCGCCAACCUCGCGCGCGACGGCCAAAACAACCAGAGCCAACAAGGCACCCGACCAAACGGCCGUGCCACCGACGAGUCCCGCGAUUUUGACGUGCAUACCGGCUCGCUCUCGCAGGCCCACGGCAGCGCCGCCGUCCGUCUCGGCCGCACGCGCGUUAUCUGCGGCGUGCGUGGCGAGAUCCUGCCUGUCGCCAACAUCCCCCAGUUCCGUCCAUCCGCCGUCACGGCCGACCGCUCUGCGGACCACGCCGUGGAGGCCGACAACCGCCGCCAGCUGCGCGACUACGACUUGCUGGUGCCCAACCUCGAGCUGGCGACCGGCAGUGCGCCCGAGUUCUUGCCCGGCGGCCCGCCGUCCGUGCUGGCCCAGGUGCUGAGCACGCGGUUGUACGCCCUGCUGCACAGCAGCGGCCUCGUCGACGCCGAGGCGCUCAAGAUUUGGCACACGCCGCGGCGGGCGGCCGAUGGUGCUGACGGAGACAUGGACAUUGAUGAGGAGGAGCCGGCAGACGCAGAGGGCGACGGCUCCCCUCGCACACCCGAGAUCAAGGCGUACUGGACGCUCUACAUUGACCUGCUCUUCCUCUCCUUUGACGGCAACCCCUUGGACGCCGCCUGGGCCGCCAUUGUUGCCGCCCUCCGAGACACACACCUGCCGCACGCCCGCUGGGACGCCGACCGCGACCGCGUCGUUUGCUCCCCGCCCUCGGUGACGCCCGCGCCGCCCCUGACGCUGCGUGGCCUGCCCGUGGCGUCGACGGCCGUGGUGUGCGUCGAAAACCGGAAACGGCAGCAGAGACAGAGCAGCGAGGUGGCCGGUGCGCACUGGAUUCUGCACGACCCGGACCGGCUCGAGGAGGGCCAGUGCCACGAGACGGUGACGGCCGUGGUCGACUGCUCCAACGGCACGGGCAAGGCCACAGUGGUGCGCGCGCUGUCCAAGAGCGGCGGCGUGCUCGUGGGGCCCGCGGAGCUGCACAUGCUCGUGGCCUCGGCCGAGACGCGGUGGACGAGUCUGUCCAAGGCAUUGGGACAGGGUCCAUGA